AUCGUGCGCUCGCGUUUUUCUUCUUUUCCCCAAACAGGGUUCACCAAAUAUGCAGAUGCGCGGAACCGGUGCCCGGUGGCGACCGGCCGAGGAACACAUCGGCAAGUACAAACUGCUGAAAACCAUCGGCAAGGGCAACUUUGCCAAGGUGAAACUGGCCAAGCACGUGCCGACGUCCAAGGAGGUGGCCAUCAAAAUCAUCGACAAAACGCAGCUGAAUGCGUCCUCGCUGCAGAAGCUGUACCGGGAGGUGCGAAUAAUGAAACUGCUGGACCACCCAAACAUCGUCAAGCUGUUUCAGGUGAUCGAAACGGAGAAAACCCUCUACCUGGUGAUGGAGUACGCGUCCGGCGGCGAGGUGUUCGACUACCUGGUCCUGCACGGGCGAAUGAAGGAGAAGGAAGCCCGGGCCAAGUUCCGACAGAUCGUAUCCGCCGUCCAGUACUGCCACCAGAAGCGAAUUAUCCAUAGAGAUCUAAAAGCGGAAAACCUGCUGCUCGACAGUGAGAUGAACAUCAAAAUUGCCGACUUUGGUUUCUCGAACCAAUUCACGCCCGGCUCCAAACUGGACACAUUUUGCGGGUCGCCCCCCUAUGCCGCCCCGGAACUGUUCCAGGGGCGGAAAUACGACGGACCGGAGGUGGACGUGUGGUCCCUUGGCGUUAUCCUGUAUACCCUGGUGAGCGGGUCGCUUCCGUUCGACGGAGCUACGCUGCGGGAGCUGCGGGAACGAGUCCUACGGGGAAAGUACAGAAUCCCCUUCUACAUGUCGACCGACUGCGAGAACCUGCUGAAAAAAUUCCUGGUCCUCAACCCGGCCAAGCGGGCCAGCCUCGAGUCCAUCAUGAAGGACAAGUGGAUGAACAUGGGCUACGAGGACGACGAGCUGACACCAUACGUUGAACCUAAGCCCGAUCUGAAAGAUCAGAAACGGAUAGGUAAGACGGAAGCGUUAGUCGCGAUGGGCUAUAAUAGGCAAGACAUAGAAGAAUCAUUGACAUUCACACGAUACGAUGAUGUAUUCGCCACUUACCUACUACUCGGAAGAAAGAGCACCGACCCGGAGUCCGACGGCUCCCGGUCCGGAUCGUCUCUGUCGCUACGUAAUAUCGCCGGCAACGAGGGUGCCGCCACCGGCAGCUCCCAAGUGCAAAGUCCCACCCAUCGAGGCGUGCACCGAAGUAUAUCGGCUUCGAGCACCAAACCGGGCCGAAGGGCCUCGAGUGGCGGUGAAACCUUACAGAUCUUCCAACGCUUCAUUACAGGUGUCGGACCGACGGCGGCGGUGGCCGCAGCGGCAGCAGCAGCCGGCGGUGGUGGCGGCGGCGGCGGAGGCGGUGGCGGUGGCAGCAGUGCCACCGGUGCCAACUCGGCGGCGGCCGGCGGUGCAUCGGCGGCCAGCGGAGCCGGUGCCGCAGCGGUCAACAACACCGCCCUCAGUAAUAAUCACAGCUCAGGGGCCAGCAGUGGCACCUCGGAACGGACAUCAGUUAGCAGUAAUUUCAAGCGACAGAACACCAUAGACUCAGCCACCAUCAAGGAGAACACGGCCAGACUAGUCGCACAAAACCAGAGGCCGGCGUCGAGCAUAACCAAACCGAUCACAUCGGCGGAUAACUCAUCGAUCUCCAGCCCGGCGAAACCGCGUACCACCAGUACGGCCGCGGGCAAGUUUGACCCCAGCAAUGGCAACCGAACGGUCGGUCCCAGUGCCGGCGGCAUGAUGCCGAGGCGGUCCACCACACUGUACGAGAAGACGUCCUCGACAGAAAAGACAAACGCCACCACAGAUUCCACCUUCAUUGGUCCGAUUCCGGAAUUCACCCGCGGCAGCUCGGCCGGAGCGGGCAGUGGCAAAGGUCACGUGAAGAGUGCGUCCGUAUCGAGCCCGGGACCGUCGGCCGACAGUAGUGCCAACAGCGCCGCCACAACCGAUCCCCUCCGUCAAAGCAUGGUGAAUCGCAAUAGUCUUACACCAGCCGUUAAUUCUUCCAGACAACCGGUUGCAUUUCCCAGGAAUGUUCCAUCGCGAUCGACUUUCCACUCGGGUCAAACCAGAUCCCGCAACAGUACGACAUAUGCCGGCACCGGAGGCACCGUCGGCGACUCGCCACACACUGGCAAAACUUUCCUGCAAAGACUUACUACCAGAUUCAGCAAACGGCUGAAUCAUGAGACUAAUAAAUAGUAGUUAGUGUAGAGAUUCCCCAAAAACAAUUGUGAAAGCGAUCCGCAUGUGAGCCGAUCGCUGGCUAAUCAUAAACGAAUGUAUGAUGCAUGAAAAAUUGAUGGGAGAUUUCCAGUCGAUCCUUGUAAAGCAACUCUGUAAAAAAAAGCUGUGUAAACCGACUCCGUGGAGAUUACUUUUUAAGACUUAAUCGUUCCUCAUUGCUUGGUAAUCUACAAACUGGACUGAUUGGUGUAUAGAGGCCAAACGGCAAAAAGACAAUGAAGAGAGAUUGCACACAAAUACACGGAGGGAAAUAGAGUGGUCUACUUUUCUAGCAAAGUCGUUUGAAAUUUAGAUAGGAACAAUGCAAUUGUUGAGUGUCUAUUUUUCUAUUUCAAUAGAGUAGCACAAUUGGAUUUAUAUGGUCUAAACUUUGGUCAUUAUGUGAGAGGAUGCAAUCGUAUGUACUUAAUUACACUGUGUAUUACUAGAUUAUGCAAUGAAGAACGCGUAAAACUAUUAUGUGAAGAUUAUAGGCAUUUACACCGACCGCAAGGUGAUAGGUGAUCGACGCGCACUGGCACUGCUCUGUCUUAUGCUCCCGUAUCGCAGUUUUGUUAACAGUAGUAGUGACUUCCUUGAACGGAGUCGACCGACGUUUCGAAUCUUCGCCAGGGUUCCCAAAAUCAAAGUGACACUCAAUAGAUUCUAGUCCCGUUGCGCGAAGGGGUGGAAAAGCACUUGGAUUUGUAUUUCCCUUAUCUUGUAAAAUGUUCUUCAUACCCAUCUGUCAUGCGACGACUUUAGUAUUAACAACAACCAGAAAAAAAAUCAUCUUGUCUUGUUUCUCACGUUUCUUCGAUUUCUAUCUCUUUCUCUCUUUUUUCUCCCGGUUCGAUUCGAUUCGAUUCGACGUCUUCCAUCCUGUUCCCUCUUCAAUUUCCACUCUCACACCCCCCGACAUUUGACUUUUAUUUGUAUUUUUUCUUCGUUUUCUUUCUCUUUUUUCUCUUUUUUAGUUUCAAAAUUAAAAACAAUCGUGAGACAGGCGGCGAAAUAGACGCGCGAGUGUGAUAGCGAAUCAAAACAUUUGUUAAACGUUAGAAUAUCUAUAUGUAUCCGUCAAUUUUAAAUGCAAUGAUAGUACCCGAAAGUUUCCGGAAGAUCGAGAAAGCAUCAUUGUUGCGUUAAGGAUAGAGAACACUGUUUAUUUCAUUUCACGACCAAUUAAUUACACUUAGUACCCUUUCGUAGUUGUUAAGAGAAAAGCAGAAAGAUAGCGCGCAACAGCAGAAGACUAUCAAGUUUAAAGUAUUUUUAUUUUCAGUUUUUCCCCUAGACUAGAUUCCACAAAGUUUUGUAAACUUUUAGCAAAAUUCUUAUCAUUUAUGGAAUAAAUUAUUACUAUCAAUAUUUUAUCGAACAGAAAGCUGUAGAUUUUUAGCUGAGAGAAAAAAUACGAAACGUUAGUACAUAGCUGUAGUUCAUCACUCCGACAGCUGUGGCGCUGUAAGCGGAAGAAAGAAACCACAUACGCAAUCUAAGCUACUGAUUUUAGCUAAUCACUAGUUUCUUACGUUUGCUUCCACACAAAAUACACACGAGCCUACUCGACGAGAUCAGGUGUGUAGCUGGGGAGAGAGGGAGAGUAGGCGCAACGCUGAAAACGAAAGACACAAUAAGCUCAAAGCGAUCGAUUUCUACCACGCAACACCUCGAGAAUGCUUUUCGGUCCUCUGUCCGUUAGUUGUUAGGUCCUGCUACCACAAUCAAUUGUAACAACAAAACAAACAUUCGAUCUAACCAAUACAUACUGUGUAAUUUUAAGAUCCAAUAAAAACAGCAAGUUCACUGUAAACAGUACAAACGCCAAA